CAUUUCGAGCGUUCUCCUCAUGACAGAAAGAGUCAUUGAAAAGCGUAUUCAAAAAUCCAAUCUAAUUCUUUUUAAUUAUAGCCACUUUCGUUUAAUGCACUGAGUGUUGGUAAGGUUUCAAAUUUGAAGAGUUUUUAGAGUUUGAUAAAUGGGUAACAUGAAAAACUUAAUGGUAUCUAUGAUGAUUUAUCUGAUACUUUUGGACUUGCUUUGCUUACAAACAACAGAAGCUCUAAGAGAUUUGAAAAAUAAAGCCUAUGCCGUUGGUGCUGUUAAAAAAGGCGUAAGUGGCACGGCAGCUGGAGUUGUGGGGAAGCCUCUGAAGUUGGUUGGGGUCAUUCUUGGUCCACUUGGUCUGCCUUUCAAAAUCAAAGGAGGAAAACUAAAGGCUAAAUCUGCAGUUCAUUGGACAAAAUCUGGAGUCAAAACAGUCAAGAAGUGGUCAAAAAUAUCGGCUCAAUAUGGUUGAUUACUUAAAGAAAGUUUAUAAUAGACUGCUAAUUCAUAUGUUAAGAAUUGAAUGUAACAUAUUUGUGAAUAUUGAAGGAAUUUAAAAUUAAUUUUACAAAGGCAACCUAUUUUAAUUGUAAUGUGAAAUAAAUGAUAUAUUUAGAUGA